CCUGAGUCGCACAGCAGGGUACAAUGGAUUAGCCGCACAACAUCCGUCCCCUCUCGCUCGUAGUAAUAUUUGUCUCUAUCUACCUGUAUAUGAUCAAAAUUUACACACAACAAUCAUAUUGGAAUAAAUCUACUCUCCCUCUCUCUCUCUUCGCUUCUCUCUCUACAAUCAGUUCGUCAAUGGCGUUCCACGACCACCUCUCCCACGAAAUGGCACUCCACCACUUCACCGACCAGCACUUGACCGACAACACCGCCGUUCUGCGGGGAAUAUUCCCGGAGCACUCACCGGAGGGCGCCGGAAAGCAGCCGCAUAUCACCGGUGGCAGCGGAGGCGGAGGAGGAGCCCCGACGUGGCUGAACAGCGCUAUUCUCAGACAACAAUCCGGGCACCACCACUACGGCGGCGGGGGAGGAGGAGGUGGGGAGGGUAGAUUCCUUCACUUACAGACGACUAACAACAACAUGACGAACUCCGACUCGUCGGCGUCGAACAACCAGUGGCUAUCUCGGUCGAUACACGGGGACAACGACGACGUUCCGACGGCGGCGAUGCUGAGUCAUCGUCAGCAGGAGAAGAAGACCGAGAGUGAUGGCGGCGGCGGGGGAGAAGAUCAGAGCAAUUGGCAAAACGCAAAGUGCAAGGCGGAUAUACUGGCUCAUCCUCUGUACGAGCAAUUGCUUUCGACUCAUGUCCAGUGCCUUCGAAUCGCCACACCGGUGGAUCAAUUGCCGAGGAUCGACGCGCAAUUGGCUCAGUCGGAGCACGUGAUGGCCAAGUACUCUGUUCUUGGUCAUGGGAAUCAGCCUCUCGAUGAUAAGGACCUCGAUCAGUUCAUGACACAUUAUGUUCUACUACUCUCUUCCUUUAAAGAGCAACUGCAACAACAUGUCCGGGUACAUGCCAUGGAAGCAGUGAUGGCUUGUUGGGAGCUUGAGCAAUCUCUACAAAGCUUAACAGGUGUAGCACCCGGUGAAGGCACAGGUGCAACGAUGUCAGACGACGACGAUGAUGAACAUACAGAUGGUGACGCCAAUUUAUUCGAUGGAAGCUUAGACGGACAGGACACCAUGGGGUUUGGUCCUCUUGUCCCGACUGAAAACGAAAGGUCUUUGAUGGAACGUGUGAGGCACGAGUUAAAGCAUGAGCUCAAACAGGGUUACAAGGAGAAGAUUGUGGACAUUAGAGAAGAAAUUCUACGUAAAAGACGAGCGGGGAAGCUGCCCGGUGACACCACGUCGCUACUAAAAGCUUGGUGGCAAUCACAUUCCAAAUGGCCUUAUCCCACAGAGGAAGACAAGGCCAGAUUGGUGCAAGAAACAGGCUUGCAAUUAAAGCAGAUCAACAAUUGGUUCAUCAACCAGAGGAAGAGGAACUGGCACAGUAACCCUUCAUCUUCUACGACUACGAAGAGCAAACGAAAGAGUAGUAAUGCAGGUGAGAGCAGAAAUGAUCGUUUCGCGUGAACGCUCUCGACUUCAACCCCACAAAAGCAGACAUUUUCGCUUCUUUUUGCUAAGAUGGUUUGUAAAUCAUCAGCCCCACUGCAGUAGGAGGUUGCAGUCUAUUUGGAGUAAAUUUUGUCCCUACAAAAACUGAAUGUCUACUAAACGAGGCUGCUGUUUUGAUUCCUGCAUGGAUGCGGUUGACUAAAAACGGAGUACGGAGCUAUGCCUGUUGGUAGGUAUUUUUGGGGACUAUCUCAUUUAGUAGAUGAUAAAUUUUUUGCAUAUCGAAUUUGGGAAUGUACCAGAAAAACAAUUUAGAAUAGCAGUUUUUUUUUUUUUUUUAUUCGUGUGCAGGUGGACUUGUAAAUAGAAGCUUUCGUUUUAUGGUAAUGGGGAUGGUAUAUGGUUUCGGGUAUAAA